UUCUCAUCGUGCCAAAGAAACACGUCUGUCACAACAUGGACACAACGCAGACGCCCUGCCCCCUGCUGGAUUUGUCGCAGCUCUGUCUUGGAACGGUCCACGGCUACACCUCCCUCCUCCCCCUCGCCGAACACGCACAAGUCCCCCCAAACAGACAGCAGAGGAAACAGCAGGACGUCAGGAAGCCUACUAAGGUGCCUCUCGGCCCCUUCUUCGAGGCUGUCGACUUGAGCACCAAUCGCUUGACCUCCGCGCCGUCUCUGUCGGACCCCCUCUUUCGCGAACUGUACUGCCUGGACCUGUCGUUCAAUUUUCUGAGUCAGGCAUCUCUCGAGUCGUUGCGCGGCGCGAGGGUGCUGCUGUUCCUGGACCUGUCGCACAACCCGCUCAGUAUCGAUGCUCUGGAGGCGCUGGAAGAUGUGAUUGUUCUCGAUUUGGUGUUGCCCAAGCAGCUGGUGGCGGGCGAGGCGCGGCGGAGGAGGCUGAUGGAGACGCUGCCCAAGGUCCCCAUGCACGCACGCCGCACAUGCAUCCGACCCACCGCUGCGUAAGGUCACAUCUUCUUCUGGUGGGUGUGUAGGUGUGGGUGAUCAACGGGAUGUUUCUCUUCGAGAAGGACCGCCGUCUGGCGAAAGAGAGGAGAGAGAGAAGAGAACACAGAGAGCGGCAGCAAGCACAAGACGAGCUCGACCAUGCCGUCACCGAGCAGCCACAGCUGCAGCUGACUGUCGCGCCAGCAGAGCAAGAGCAACAACAAGAACACGAGCAGGCGGAGCCCGCCCAUUCUCAGCUGGAGCCGCCCUCAGAGCCUUCCCUGCACUGUGAGGAGGAGUUCUACACGUCUCCCCCACCCCCCACCCUCUCGUCCACCUUCUGUCUGACCGAACUCGACUCCCUCCGGAAAUCCCUGGAGAAAGAGCAGGCCAGCCACAGACCGCUGGCCUCGGCACGAUCCCUUCUACCCGCUCCGCUUGGCCAGCGGCCCUCAUCUGCAGCCUCGCUGGGAGCCGCCUCGUCAGGGGGGAUCCGAUCGCCAGUGCCGGAGAGAGACACGGAGACGCCGGUCGAUGUGAUGCCAGGUGUGUCUGUGGUGCAACUGUUGCAGCCACAGCACCACGCACAGCAGCAGCAGCAGCAGCAGAAGGGUGCCGAUCGACGAACAGAGAGGAGGCGCCCACCAGCAGCGCGAGACACGGAGACGCUGAGUGUGGCGGGCGUGUCGGCGUUCUCGAUGGCCAACCAGGUGGAUGUGUACCAGCCUGCAAGGGUCAGGUCCCCGCCUUCGUAUGCCCUCGUGCCGGUCGACCGUGAGUGGCUGCUGCCCCGCCACCCUGUGGAUGUCGACGCAUCCACGCCAUCCAGAUAUGCUGUUGAGUUCUGGGGGAGGAAGAUGCACCUUAUGGAGGUGGGUCACCACGGUGGGUGCGAUGGAUUAGACGCAGAUACGCAUUAAGCGGCUGUUGUGUUCUGUUGUGUGUAUUUGGUGCAUGCAGGAUGACGGCGAUAGGUUGCGGUGUCUCGUUGAGAUGUGGAAUCGGCGGCAUGCCAUUGCGGCAGUAAGGAAUGAGAGAAGGAGACAGGCAGCCACCACCACAACCACCAUCGCGGAGGAGACAACCAGGGUGCCUAUAGAGGUAAGUACACACGCCUGCACACGACGUCUGCACACGUCUCUCUGCCUGUCUGUCUGUCCAUAGCAACUCUUGGCGUUGCCCCUCUCCCAGCGGAUCCUUCUGGCCCUGACGCUGCUCGCAUUUCUCCACAGGUGGCUGUCCGACGACCUGCUCUUCCACACCCUGCACCUCAUCCUCGCCCCACACUGGCGGACCGCGCCUCUGAUUGACGAUCUGACCUCAUGCCUCGCCCGAUCGCCUGACUACCUGCUUGUGGGCGUGAUGGUCAUCCUCUAUGACUCAUUCGACUGCCCUGACGACGAAUAUGGUGAUGGGGGAGAUCUCUUGCUGCCGGUGGAGAGGUUUGUCGGUGAGUUCAUUUAUGGUGGUGGUGGGAGGAAGUCGCGUGCACACGACAGAAGGGAAGCGGAUCUGUUUGUGGCUGGAAUGAGGCGCGUCGAGUCCUGCAUGGACGAGAAAAACCCCAAUCUGUCCUUUUCCAGCGCAUCUGAGGAGGAGAGGAUCGUCGUGGGCCGGCUGUUUGCUAUGAUCCGCUCCUGUCUCUCCCCCGCCCACCUGCUGCCUUUUCUCGAUUCAUACCAAUCCCAGUCACAACGAGUCGAUGACGGCCCCCCCUCCCCCUCUCCCUCUCCCUCCCAGCCUUCUAUUCCCUCAAUCCUCGCCAACUUUUCUCAGCUGCCGCCGUCUCUCCCUCAAUCGCUCAUGCCUUCCGCCCGUGCAGCCGCCUCCUGUGUGGUGGCCCUCUUGCUCGAGACCGGCCUGCUGCAGUGCUGCACGGACCUCUCGCCCUUCCCGCCCUCCCUCUCUCGGCUGCUGUGUACAGUAUCUGGCGAAGACUUGUGUGCUGACAGGGGAGGGCCGCUGCGAUGCCUGCAGUCGGCAUGGAGCGCGUUUCGCGCCCGCAUGUUCCAGAGACGGGCGUCUGCCAACAGUGGGGGCGGUGGGAGCGAUGGGAGCAACAGCACGGGCGUCAAGGCCUGCCCCUGUGUGGGCGACGGACUGCUGUUGCUGCUGAUGGACAGAAGGCACCUGAGGCGAGACGAGAUGGCCAGCUCUCUCACCACCCACAUAACAUCUGUCAAGAAAGCGGUCAAUAUUAGCAGCUACGAACUGACGGUGGCCUCGCCCCUCCCCAGCGGCAGGAGAGAGCUGCACUCGCUCAUGUGGGACGAGAGGCGGAUGGCGUGGCAGGCGUGUCUUGUGCUGUCCUCAUCGAUGCUCCCCCCGUCCCCCUUCAAGCACGGCCGCGAUCUCGCCUACCAGCUGUCUCUCCACAAAGGACGUGCCAACAGGCAAGGCCCGCUGUCCUGCUGUCUCUGCUCUGAGCACACUGCUCUCGCAUGUCUGCUCAAGGAAGACGCUUCAGCCGAGACACAGGGGAGCAGCAGCAGUCCACCACCAGCCGACGAGCCUCGCCAGCAGCAGCACCAGCGAGGCAUGGUCAUUUCGGCCUCUCACCCACCGUCCUUCCAAUGGCGGCUUCUGAAGCAGGAUAGCGACACCCGGAAGCCCAUCGACCUGCGGCCAUUCGAAAGAGCCUGGCUGCGCAGCCAGAAAGGCACGACAGCCUCUGUCUGCACACGGCCUCCCCCUGCCGGUGAUUCGCCGCUUGCCUGCAAGAGUGUCACGACCGCCCAUCUGGUGCACCGGUCUGUCAACGCGUCCAGGGCGCUGCUGGCCCUUUUGGACGAAAGGGCGCUGGGGGAAGCGCUGGAGGACCGCCUUAGGACGAAUGGGAGUGGCAACGGGGACCAUGUGUCAGCAGCUGCCGUGCCGAGGCUGGAGAUACCCAAGGCAGCAGCGCCGACGCCACCAGCUGUUGCUGCUGGUAGUGAUGGGGACACUGGUGGUGUGUCGCUAAAGAAGGCGCUUGGCAAACAUCCGGGCAAGAGGGACAAAGGGAAGAUGGUCAAGACGCCUGUCUUGACGCCUCAGCUGCCAGAAGGCUCCUCCUUCCCCCCACACGCGCUCCCACGGUACCUAACCACCCACACGCAAGAGUCGGACAACCCUAUCGUCUGCAACCGGUCCUCAAAGCGCCGCCAGAUGUCUGCCCUUCUCUGUCUUUGUGUGCACUUUGCAGGUCUGAGUCUCAGUUCUCCCUGCGAAAGGGCCAGGACCGCAUAGCGGCAUUCACAGAGAAGUAUGGGCGGACGGCAAGGGGCACCCCCGUCAGGAAACCUCCCUCGCUCCCCCCCUCCCCGGUUUCCAGCCGCCCCUCGCCCCUGAUGGGCACCAUCAUGUCCAUCACGGCCGCCGUGUCGGACUCUGUCGUACUGGAGAGCUCUUCCCUCGAGCAGCAUCCGCCGUCCCUCACCUCGACACCUUUCCCCCUAAUCCACGCGGCGGCGGCCCACGUCACUGCUCCGUGUGCGCGGCCUGUGUCUCACCACUCUGUGGGGGCGAGUGUGCGGUCGACGCCCGUGAUGCGCAGCCCGGUGAUGCAGAAGGCUACGGCUACACACACCAUGGCCAAGCGGGUGAAGCAGCCAAAGCAGCCACAGCAGCCGCAGAGGCCACAGCCUGGUGCUGCUGUGUCUCGCCUGAAGUGCGCCAAAGUGGGCUUGAUCCCUUUCAAGAACGACUACCAACGGUUCUCGGCGCACAAGUUUCCCGACCGAGCGAGAGACAGAGACAGGGACAGAGACAGGGAGAGAGACAAGGGCGCGAUGGCGUUGGCGAGCGGUGGGGGCGACGCCUUCCGUCUGGACGAGGAGGGCGCGGCCCCCCCGCUGCCUGAGACGAGUAAAGCUGCUGAGGGGAAGAUGCCUGAGUCGAGGGUGUCGCUUGUGGAGCGGUCGCAGGAGCUGGCCAUGCAGAAAUGGAGACGGUAGGGCCUUAAAAUGAGGGAGGGAGACGGAGAGGGGAGGGUCGUGAUGUGGUUGUGGUUGUGGUUGUGUAUGUGUGUGAUGUCAGGCCGAUAAGGGUGGAUCAGUAUGUGCGUCAGCUGUAUCGUCUCGUGUGAUUGGAUGGAUUGGAUAGAUUGGUGCAUACAAAUAUAUACGCAACCACACGCGCGCGCAGAUGCACAGACAGACAGAUGUCCUUGCUUGCCUCUCUGCAUCAAUCAACCAAUGCACACGAAGGUCUCUCUAUGUCUUCUUUCUGUCUGUCUGUCUGUGUAUGUGUCGAUAGACAACGAAUGAGGACCUCUCUCUUUCGGGCCGGUCUCUCUCUCUCUCUGUGUCAGCAAUCGCAUGUGCACAUCUACGAUAGCUAUGGGUGGC